GCUCAGGCGCCCCCCCCUCUCCCUCCCGGCUGGGCGACCGCGACCGCGACCGCAGGCGCGCCGAUGGCCGCCGCCGCGGCGGGGCUCCGCCCGCGGCGGUGCCGCGGCGCGCCGGCGCGUACCGCUGGGGCCCGAGGGUGCCCCUUCUGACCAGCCAUGGCGAGCAUCCUCCUGGAGUUCGAGGUGCUCCCCGAGGACGCCGCGUCGGAGCCCGCGGCCCGGGACGCCGCCGAGGACCUGCAGAGGCAGCUCGCGGAUCCGCUGAGCAGCCUGCGGCGGGGCGAGUUUGCGCGUUACGCCGCCAAGGCCUCCCUGACCGGGCCUGGCCUGCCAGAGCAGCCGUCGCCGUGGGAGGAGGAGGAGGAGGAGGUGGAGCUGCCCGCGGUCAGGACCCAAGCAUCCGAACCGCUAGCGGCAGUGACGCUGAGGGCAUCCCACGGCCCGAUGGUCUUGGAGGUCCCAGACGACGACCUGGAGCGCCCUGCGGCAGCGCGGCGCGACGGAGGCGCCUGGAGAGAGGCGCAGGCCCUCUCCAACGCCGAGCUGAUCGACCGCAUCUCCAGCCUCGAGCGCCUGCUCGCCAGUGCGGAGGAGAAGCGGGCCGCAGAGGUCGCAUCGGCCGCCAGGCCAGCCGAGGAGGGCGUCGACACCGAGAGGCUGAGAGCUCUCGAGCAGCAGUGCCACAGGUUGCAGAGCCGCCUGGACGACGUCCAGCGCGAGGCCCGUGCGGUGCGGGAGAGCUCCAACACCUUCAGGGACCGGUCGGAGCAGCUGGAGUCCAGGCUGCGGGAGCGCGAGAGCGUCCUCUCCCACGCCAAAGACAUGUGGGUCAAGGAGUCGGCGCGGGCCCAGAAGCUGGAGGACGCCCUCGUGUCAGUGGAGGAGAAGCUCCUGGACCACGAGGGCCACCUCAAUCGGGCUGUCAGAAGAUUCGACGAGGCCCAGCAGGAGGUCAGGCAGCUCUCGCACCUCGCCGGCAUGCCGGUGGGGCGCAGGCCCGAGAUGCUGGAUCCCUCGUCCAAGGGCGUGCCGACGGGGAGCUUCGCGGGGCCCGCGCCCGGCCCGGGGCUCGCGCCCCGCUCCGGCGAACCCCGGCCGUUCGACGCGCGCUUCGGGGGUUCGACUGCCGACCCGCGGCUUUCGAGCGGCGGCGAGCUGAAGGAGGCGGGAGCGUUGCCCCAGAUCGCUGGCACGAACGCAGAGCGCUUGAGGCGCCUGUGCAUCGUCAACGACGCGGUGCUCUACGAGGACGACGUGUUGCAGAUUGGCGUCAAGGCGCAGUACGCCGGGGAGGAGGGCCAGGUCGACGUUUACUUCGGCAACAAGUCCCGGGAGGCGUUGCAGGCGUUCGCCGUGUACUACCACGUGCCCGAAGAGCGGGUUCUGCGGUUGCGCGCCGAGCAGGUGGAGCCGCAGCUCGGUGCAGGUCAGCAGGCGCUCCAGCGCGUGCGCGUGUCCCUGGCGGGCCCCUUCGCGGAGAUGCCGUGGCUGCGGGCGCAGUUCCGGCUGCCCGACGCGGGCCCGCGGAGGGUGCAGGCGAGCCGGGGGCGUCAGGUUCAUGGUCGGCUACGAGCUGUCUUCGAGCGAGUUCUUCCAUACUUGGCGCUCCCAGGGCUUCGCUGAUAGCGAGGUGUCUACCAUGUCUCGCUUGGCGCCCCGCCUCUACGUUGACGGCUCGGACCCCACGCAGGUGGCCAGACAGAUUGCAAGGACCGCGACCAUGGGCGGCGCGCUCAGGCUCCUCCCAGGCAUAGACCCCAGCCCGCACAACGUCGUCCUCGCCGCGCGCCCCGCGGACGCGCCCGGCCUCCCGCCCUCCGAGGAGCGCG